UAGCAUCUGCGCCUGGCUGCGUGGGCGUGCCGGUGCCGCUGGGCUUGCCUCCCAGGGAGAUGCCGGGGACCCGCGUUAGGUGAAGACGCUCCUAAAACGCUUGGCGUUUCUGUCCGCAAGGUCCUUUGAAGGAGCGCCUGGCCACUUGCUGCUCCGUCCUGGUGCUCCUCUUCCCUCGGCUUGGGAUUGACGUCACGAUGACACGGUGAAGCCAAAGACAGGAGCUGGGAACUCUUCUCCUGCCUCACUUUUGAUAAGCCGGUGAAUUUGUCAGCACCCCGUUGCUCCACCAUGGCCAAGAGCGCAGAAGUGAAGCUGGCGAUCUUUGGUCGAGCUGGCGUGGGCAAGUCAGCUCUUGUUGUACGCUUCCUGACAAAACGGUUCAUCUGGGAGUAUGACCCAACGCUAGAGUCUACGUAUCGUCACCAAGCUACCAUUGAUGAUGAAGUGGUUUCCAUGGAGAUUCUAGACACAGCUGGUCAGGAGGAUGCCAUCCAAAAAGAAGGACAUGUUCGAUGGGGCGAAGGCUUCGUGCUGGUCUACGACAUCACAGACAGAGGCAGCUUUGAGGAAGUGCUGCCACUUAAGAACUUGUUAGAUGAAGUUAAAAAACCCAAGAAUGUCACUCUCAUCUUGGUGGGGAACAAAGCAGAUCUGGAUCACUCCCGGCAGGUCAGCACAGAGGAAGGCGAAAAGCUGGCCACGGAACUAGCGUGUGCAUUUUAUGAGUGCUCUGCUUGCACAGGAGAGGGCAACAUUAUGGAGGCCUUCUAUGAGCUGUGUCGUGAGGUACGGCGUCGAAAGAUGGUGCAGGGCAAGACUCGGAGACGGAGCUCCACCACCCAUGUCAAGCAGGCUAUUAACAAGAUGCUCACCAAAAUCAGCAGCUAAAAGAGUUGUAUUAAGGUAGAGAAGCAUUAUAGAGCAUAUAAGCUUGGGGCAGGGAGGAAGCAAGCAGA